AUGGCUAUGAUGGCGGGAAUUCCUGCUAACUAUGGACACAGUUUAAUUGAAUUCUCGACAUCAUUGUAUGGAGAAUUAGAUAAGAAGGAGAGUUUAUGUAUAUCACCGUAUAGUAUCACGGCGGCGGUUCUAUUGUUAAUGGUUGGAGCAAGGGGACGAUCCCAACAACAAAUAUCAUCGGCUCUUUUUAAAAAUAACAUAUUUUCAGAGGAAGAAAAGUUGAAAUAUUACAAGUCACUGAAUAGCUAUAUAAUUCAACAAGCUGGAGUUAAUGUGAGUUUGGCUAGUGCAAAUAGAUUAUUUGUAGACAACAGAUUCACAGUUCUGCAAAAUGUCAGACAGAAGGCAAAACAAUAUUUUGGGGCUGAUAUCAGUAUGAAGGAUUUUACAACACCCAAGGCAUCUGCAUUUGUGAUGAAUAGAUGGGUGUCGAAACAGACAAACGGAAAAAUUAAGAAUUUGAUCAAAGAGGACAUGAUAGACGAUGACACUGUUCUGUUCAUAAUAAAUGCAGUUUAUUUUAAAGCAACUUGGGAGAGACAAUUUUCACCAAAAUUAACAAGCAAGCAAAACUUUUUACUCCCAAACAACAAAACGAUUGAAGUUGAAAUGAUGAGCAUAAGAUCAGAUGUUCCAUAUUACAAAGGCGUUGACUUCACUGCUAUAGCGUUACCAUUCAAGGGAGGAAACUUUGAUAUGGUCUUCAUUUUACCAGAUAAAGAAGUUGAGCUUAAGUAUAUUGAAUCGAGGAUAUCAUUGGAAUUCCUAUCGGAUAUUUCUACUGGAUUUACUAGAAAACGUAUGGAUAUCUUUAUUCCAAAAUUCAAAUUAGAGUCAGAUUUUGAUUUAACGAAAGAACUACCUAAACUUGCAGUAACAGAUAUUUUUAACUCAGGUAAAGCAAACUUCUCUAAUCUCAUUGUUGAGAAGACACCAAAUUUAUACGUCAAGAUUGCUGUCCAUAAAGUUGUCUUCAACAUGAACGAAGCAGGUGUAGAGGGAGCUGCAGGAACAGCUUUUGGAAUUACACUUAGAAGUAGCUUUCCUCUAUUUUUGGCAAAUAGACCCUUUUUGUUUUAUGUAAGAGAUAUCAAAUCAGGUCUUAUUUUAUUUAAUGGUCGUUUCUAUCCUAAAGUCGGAUAA